CAUUCCCUCGCGAGACGAGACCAGACCAGGAAGUUCUCGAGCGUUUAAGUACCCAAAGCACUUUUUUUUCCCCUUUUUUUUAAACUUUCGGGUUCAAAUUGGUCAUGACGAGUCUGUUUUGACAUUUCGUUGUGAUUAUUUUGUCGCCACCGAUGCGUGUAUUUUUAAACAUUACAUUUCAACAUGUCUUUCAAUAGUUAAACAUUGUUGAUCGCCAACAUGGUCAAAGUUCAUUUGCUCGGCUAACAUUAUGGACGUACAAGACGUGGAGAGAUGCUGCUGUGUUCUUACCUUGACUGAAGCUUUUUCAGCCCGUGCGCCCGUAAGCUUUAGCGCCGUUGUCAUCCAUCCCAGCUCCGGAGUGGUGAUCUGCACCGGACUGCCGUUUUUUCGUUUCAUAGACAAAAAGUCAUCUUAUGAUGGCGAACGUCGCAUCCUGUUACGUCACAACUUCCCCAAGAACCUUCAAAUCAGCGUCAGCUUUCCUUCCCGGAGUCACGUGGAGGCCAAUGCAUGUGCAGUGAGUGAAGUUUGCACACCUAAGAGAAGAUACAGGACACAUGAGCAUGAAGCUGAGCUGCUGAUGCUGGUCAACUGCGUGGAGUUCAAAAAGACUUUCCAGGCCCUUUUCCAAAAGGCUGACCAGUGGCAUUUCCAUGGCGAUGAAGAUGACACCCUGAUCCAAGAUGCUGACUACCUCAGCUGGUUCGCUGUGCUCAAGGCCAACGCGUCACAUUCCGGGGCUGUCUCAUGGCGGAGGAGCGCGUCUCUUCGGAAAGGCGACCCUGUCUUUGCUUGCGGCUCGCCGUUUGGUUCCCUCUGCUCAGACCUCUUCAAUGGCACUGUGAGCAGGGGCAUCAUCAGCAACCUGGCGGGCGAGGACAACACCGUCAUCCUCACAGACGCCCGCUGCUUGCCAGGCACGGAGGGCGGCGGCUUGUUUGCAAUGGAAGAUGACUCCCUGCACCUGGUCGGGGUGAUAGUGUCACCGUUUGGCUGGAAGGCCAACGAGUGGAUCGGACUCACGCUCGUGUGUUCCGUCCACUCGAUCCUCCGCAACCUUGUCCAAUGCAGCGACCUCCAGGAUUCGCUCCAAGAUGUCUGGCUUCACCCUGCAGAGACCCAAAAGUUCCAUGCGGGUCAAUACCUGGAUGUGUGCUUGGUGGACAGCGGGCAGCAGUGGGGUUCAGGGGUCCUCGUGACCUCUGACCUUAUUUUAACCUGCCGACAUGUCGUCAAUGGGAAGUCCACGGUCGCCCUCAAGUUUCACCACGGAGACAGAGUCCUUGACAGCGUUGGCGAUGUCCUCUUCUCCACUAAGGGGUCGUCGCCUUAUGACGUGGCUGUGGUGCGGUCAAGAGACUCCAUCGUGGAUGUUGUUGUCCCUCAAAUGGCUCACGAGUUCAACACGGGUGAACCUGUGUUGGUGGUGGGCUACGGCGGGCUAGGUCGCUUGUGUGGCCCUUCACUAACUUGCGGUAUCCUCUCCAAAGCCAUCAGUCAUCAACACCUUACCAUAAUGCUUCAGACCACAUGCGCAGUUCAAGCAGGGGCCAGCGGGGGCGCUGUUGUACGAGCGUCCACAGGAGAGCUGCUCGGCAUCGUAUCCAGCAACACGAGGGACUUGUCCUCUAAAGUGACCUACCCUCACCUUAACUUCUGCAUCCCGGUGAGCGUUCUGCAGGGACCUCUUCUUCAUUUUAGCCGACAAGGGGACCUGAACUCGUUUGACGUGCUGAACGCCACCGACGAAAGCGUGAAAAGAGUGUGGAGGCUUCAAGGCACACACAGCAAACUCUGAGUGGAUGAUGAAAACCUCAGAGCCAGAAGUGACAUAAGAACACUGGAAGGUGCCUGUUGAGUACAACUGAUCUCAAUUCUAUUCAUCAGCAAAUGCCA